AAAUAAGUGGGGACCCACGCUUCAAACGAGGAUCACUUGGUUCUUGAGUUUAGUCGUUAGUGUAGAAAGUGAAGACUAAGUUGAUUAAUUUUAACCCUGAUUUUAUUUUUGUUAAUUUCUAUUGAAAAUGGAAACGAGUGGAGUAUUGGCAUACAAAUUUCCAGACGAUGACACAUCUGAUGAUUCAUCUUCAAGUAGUUCAAGUAGUUCAAACUCAAGCAGUUCCAGUAUUGUUAGUAAAAAUAUGAAACCCUCAAUGAAUGAUGUGAAUACACAAAUAUCAUUAUCUUCUAAGGAUUACACAGCUUCCAUUAUUGAUAGACUACGUGAAAAAAUUAUAUUAAUGAGAACAAAUUCACCAGAUGAUGAAUUUUUAAAUAAAAGUUUCAAUUCGAAAGAAAGUGAAGAGGAAAUUCAAGAAACAGAAGAAUCUAUUUCAACCGAGUGUAAUAAUGUAAAUUGUACUGAGGAUGAUAACGUUGGAUCUGAUGAUGGAAGUACGUUGUUACAAUUCUUCCAUUUAGGACCAUCAUCAACCCAGGAAGAUAUUACUGCAUGGUUAAGAUAUAAUAACUUUGGAGACUUAAUCGAUAUUUUCAAUGGAUUCAACUAUUAUGAUUUGCGACGCUUGAAUCGAAAUGAUUUUAUUGAAAUGUGUGGAACAGUAAAAGGAAUUCAAAUAUUCAAUGCGGUACAAAUGAAACCAGUUCGACCUUUAAGGACUGUUUAUUGUGCUUUGGAACCAAUAGAUAACAAUAAAAUGAUAUGGCAACCAGUUUAUCUUCAUUGUUUGAGUGCUAUCGACUUUAAUGCAGAAAUUGUUGCACGAUUCAAGUUAUCAACACGUAAACAUUCACUUUGGAUAGAAGGGCCUUAUGGAAUUCAUAUCCUUGUAAAUAAUGAAUUUGUAGAAUAUAUGGAGGAUAACGACAUGUUUUUAAUUCGUUUGGUUGAAUAUCCGGCCGUGGAGCAUUAUAAAAUUAUUUUAAAAAAAUAUUUGUAACUAAUUACAUUGCAAUGACUAAAGUUUAUAAAACUGUACUAUUUGUUGAGAAAAAAAACAACAAAAUGAUUCUGUGAAGAAAUAAAAUUACUUGUAACCCUUAAAA